AUGCCAGUCUUCAUUUCUCCACCCCCCACAACUUCAUUAUCUUCUUCUACAAAAGAAGCUUUGGUAUUCCCAGGAUUGUAUCUAUCAGCCGCUGCUAUCCAUAUCUUCUUUCUAUUCCCACAAAAAGCUUCUCCUAUCAUUCGCUACCUCAAUGGCUUGCAUAGUGACCCAUAUGUGAUGGCUUUGGCCCAAAACCUUGGCUAUGCCAUCGGAGCUUUAUUUAUGUUAGGUUUCGUUCUAAUGCCUUUAGUUGUUCUGGUGCUCCUUUUUGCCAACGGCAUGGACCCAGCUUUAGAUGGUCAAUGUCUCCUGGAACAACCCCUUUGGCCUCCUAGUACAAUUAAUUCUUCAAUCCAAAGUUUGUCUCCAGAAUGUCUAGCAUACCGGCGCUACCACAUGGUUCUUGUUGUGGGUAUAGCCAUUGGCAUGUUGCACCAUAUUCAAUUGUCUAUUGCUUGGGAUAAUUUUGAACGAGUUGCCUUGAUGAAGAAAGCCCCAGUUCAACAAACAUUGUUUUCAGGCGUGAGCUAUUUGAAUUUAAUGUGCACUAUUGUAUUUACCUUAACAAUAACGUUUAUUCCUAUUCCAUAUUUACCAUUACAGUUUAAAUUCUUUUUUACCGUAUUGGCAUUUAGUUCAAUUAGAAUCCCUGGAACUAUUUUUGAAAUUAUUUAUGAACUGCAAAUGAGACCUGGGGCUAUAGUUUACGAAGAAGGACAAGUUAUUAUGAAUGGUUACGAGCCAGUAACUCAGUGA